UGCGCCUGCGCCUCGUGAGCUCCGCGCGUGCGCACUGCUGUCACGAGUCAGUUGCCAUGGAGUCGGAAGGGGCCUACGAGCCGGGCUUCGUGGGGAUCCGUUUCUGCCAGGAAUGCAACAACAUGUUGUAUCCCAAGGAAGACAAAGAGAACCGGAUCCUUUUGUAUGCGUGCCGGAACUGUGACUACCAGCAGGAAGCUGACAACAGUUGCAUCUACGUCAACAAGAUCACACACGAAGUGGACGAACUGACCCAGAUCAUCGCCGACGUUUCUCAGGACCCGACUCUGCCCCGAACAGAGGACCAUCCCUGUCAGAAGUGCGGCCACAAGGAAGCAGUAUUCUUUCAGUCCCACAGUGCGAGGGCAGAGGAUGCCAUGCGGCUGUAUUACGUCUGCACAGCUCCCCACUGCGGGCACCGCUGGACCGAGUAAAGAGCCGGGCGGUGGGAAGCUGCCCCCCAGCAAAGCCCCUCUUCCUUUUCGCCCGGAAACACCCUCUUGUCCCGAAGCUCCUGCCUCUGCUUCCGGGUUCUGUGAACUGUUGUGAAGCCUGUUAAUAAAGCUGGUUUAUUUUUUAAAAGAA